UCUCCCUCCUCACCUCAACAGACAGCUGAGAGUGAUUUCAAUUUCGCCGCCGUGUACAGUACCGUAGUAUUCCAUAAAAUCAGACACAAGUGUCGCUUUGGCAUUUGGUAAUAUCCCCACGGUUUCUAUUUUCCGCUUCGCGCGGUGGAUUUUUUCUCGGCCAGUGCGUGAUCGUCGCGUUCAUAUUAUUAAUUCAACUCGUAUUGGUUCUCCACAAACUCACUUUCUUAGGAAUGGCGGUUUUUAAUCCAACUUAAGUUUAUUACUUCAACUCGUAUCGGUCUUUAAUUUUAUAUUAAGAACCGGUAGAGUACGAUCGCUGCUAGAGGCAUAUUCUCGUGCGUCAUGCGUCCUUCCAGCUAGCGCGAUUGACCUCCUCGCUUGUUGCCUCUCCCCGGGAGCUAACCGUCCCCUUACUUUGUGCCAAGUUCCGAUCCUCCUUGCGAUCCCUAGGCUUCUAGCAAGCGCGACCUCCUCGCUUGCUGCCUCUCCCCAGCAGCGAGCCGUCCCCUUACUGUGCACCAAGUGCCGACCCGCCUUGCGCUUCACACCGCAUCCCUGGACUUCCCGCCUCGCGCUUGACCUCCUCGCUUGCUUCCUCCCCUAGUGCCAGCAACUGUCCUUGACCUUAAAGCCCAUCCCCAGCAACUUUCCCGUAGUAGCUGUAUGUUUAACCGUCCUUGACCUUAAAGCCCAUCCCCAUACUUCCGCUUCCGCCAAUGGAGGACUCGCGGAGGCGCGCUGCUGGUGCGCCACCCUCCCGCGGUCCCCCGAACGCCUUCCCCGGCAGCGUUGGCGGCGGAAGCGCAAUGAACAGUACCGCUCGGCGCGGCCCUUCCAGCGCCAUUGGCGGAGGCGGAGGCGGGAGCAGCGGUGGCGGCGGAGGCGGCGGUAGCACGGCGGGCCGCGGGAGAGCGCGGCCGCUCAGGGGAACUUCCGCUCCCUCUUCCGCUCCGCCGGCGCAGAGAGUCGCAGGGGGCCCUGGCGCAGCUCCGCCAGCCAAGUCCGCUGGAGGUGCGGUGGCGGCGGGCAGAGGCGCGGGGAAGGGGAAAGGUGUGCGCUUGCGCCCGCGACCGCGGGUGCAGUUGCGGAAAUACCCCGGAUUAAAGCCUGCCAUAUCGAGCUAUAGUAAGCUACGCGCACGCGUCACGGGGCAGCUAUUGGAGCCGAAAAAAAAGCUGCGGUUUAGCGAUAACGUGGAGGUUGCCACGUGGGACGCUGACGUGGAGGGUGACGGUGACGUGGCACAAGCCAGCGCAGCAGUCGCCGCCACAACUGCCGCCGCGCCUCGCGCGGGGUUUUCGUUCCGGAAAGUGUUUAAUAGCGCCGCGGGCGCUGCGGAAAGCGUCGGGGGGACUUUGCUCGGGCAGAAAAAAAAGCCGCUGCCUAAGGAUUUACCCACAAUGUUUGUCCGACACAAGUCUAAAUCCAAGGAGAAAAAGAAAUCCUCGAAAAAGGAGACGAACACGCAGGGCGAAUGCGUGGAUAUGAAGGGAUUAAAGCCCAAGGAAGGCGAAGCGGAAGAGCCGCGGAAGCAGGGAGACAAAGGAGCGGGAAGGGGGAAGCCGCCGGGAGACAGGUCGCAGCUUUCCAGCGGUGCUCAGUCGUUCGGGCAGCGUGAAAAUAAGGGGGAUCGGGCAGCAGUGGAAAGUAAAUUUGUGGCAGCCGGUAGCAGGAGCAUGAAAGCGGAUGGCGGAGGGGGAAUGGUUGGGGGAACGGGAGGGGGAACGGGAGGGGGGUUAGGAAGGGGAGGGAAGCCUCUGGCAAGUGCGAGUAUGCCUAAAGACCAGCGGACGGCAACGGUUGCUGCUGCAGCAGUGGGUGCUGAUUCCGCUGGCGUUGCUGGUGGCGCUGCUGUCGCUGCUGUUGCUGCCGGGAUGCGAGGACUUGAUAUAAGUGAGACGGCAGAGGAGGAGGGGCUUGAGAAGGGGGUGGCGGAGGGAGGGGAGGAGGAGGAGGAGGAGGAGGAGGAAGAGGACGAUGAUAGCGAUGAGGAGGAGGAGGAGGAGGAGGAAGAGGAGGAGGAAGAGGAGGAGGAGGAGGAGGAGGAGGAGGAGCGAGGGUAUUGGGUGGAUGAGGAUAUAGAAGAGGAGUAUGAGGAAGAGAUGGAGCAAGAGGAGGCGGAGGGGAAAGGGGAGGCAGAGGAAUGGGGAGAUGAGGAGACGGAGCGAGGCCCGCUGGAUGCUGACGUGGCAGGCUGGGCUGCCAGCCGGCAGCAGAGCAUCCAGCUGGCGGGAGGGAAGCUCAACGGGCUCAGAUACACAACGAGCUCUUCGCAGCCCGUCGCCCUUGGCAUCCCCUAGAGCCCAGCCACUGCGGCCGCCGUCACAGGUGUCAGAGCCGACGCACGGCCGCAGCCCUUCGCCUUUGGCGUCCCCUAGAGCACAGCCUGGGUCGCAGAUAGGGGCAGAUGGAUCCGAGCUGGGACGGCCUCUGUCAGAAGCCGACAAUAACAAGGACCUUGGGAUCCCCCCGUCACCCUCCACCGUAGUUUCAGCUUCACCCAUGCGCUCUUUGAACCGACCUGCCAGCAAGCGCUCUGCCUCCGCGCAGCUCACAAUUACCAGCUUAGAUCUGUACGACAUUCCUGGUGCUACUGCUGCUGCUUCUAAUUCUACUGCUGCUGCUGCUGCUGACGAUACCGCUGUGUACAGCCAUGGGAGGGGCAAGGGAGCCCUUAAUCCCAGCUCUAGACGAUCGCAGCCAGGCCAAGAUGCGGAGUUUCAGGCUGCCCGGUUCGGUCCUAUGUCUGCCCGGGGCACUCGGCCGGCACCCUUGUUCGAUGAAGACGUGUUCCCCGGGGAAAGGGGGGAUAGAGGAGAAAGGGGAGAUAGAGGAGAAAGGGGAGAUAGAGG